AUGUCUGCCAAUGGCGAAGUUCGACUCAAGAGAAGGACAAGCCCGACCUCGGCCCUAGAGAGGCCCAAGAAACAAUUGAAGCCAGAGAAUGGAGUUCCUACACCCGGCGACGCUACCCCUCAAAAUGGCUCUGUGUACGAUAUUGAGGCCAAGUUGAACUCGGUCCCCAUCAUCAAUCCUGUUCCAGCCGCGGGCAAUUCUCCGGAAUGGCAGGCUACCAUAGAACGAGUGAUUAAGAGUGUGGUGUCCAUUCAUUUCUGUCAGACGUGCUCUUUUGAUACCGAUCUCUCGCUCUCUUCGCAAGCUACCGGGUUCGUGGUUGACGCUGAAAAUGGCUACAUCAUGACCAAUCGCCACGUUGUCUGCGCCGGUCCGUUCUGGGGUUAUUGCGUGUUUGACAACCAUGAAGAAUGCGACGUCAAACCUGUCUAUCGCGACCCUGUCCACGACUUCGGAAUCCUACAAUUCGACCCCAAAGCUAUCAAAUACAUGAAUGUCCAGGCACUCAAACUUCAACCGGAAUCUGCAAAAGUAGGCGUGGAGAUCAGAGUGGUCGGUAACGACGCCGGCGAGAAGCUCAGCAUCCUCUCAGGUGUGAUUAGUCGGCUCGAUCGCAAUGCCCCAGAAUAUGGCGAAGGUUACAGUGAUUUCAACACCAAUUACAUCCAAGCUGCUGCUGCCGCCACAGGUGGAAGCUCUGGUAGUCCAGUGGUUAAUUUAAGUGGACACGCGGUUGCUCUCCAAGCAGGUGGCCGCAUUGAUGGUGCUGCCACUGAUUAUUUCUUACCGCUUGACCGUCCCCUGCGCGCGCUGCAGUGUCUUCAACGAGGAGAGCCAAUCACCCGAGGAACAAUCCAGACACAAUGGGUGCUGAAACCCUUCGACGAUUGUCGGAGGUUGGGUUUAACGCCUAAUUGGGAAUCGGCAGUCCGAAAAGUCCAUCCGAAGGAGAACAGCAUGCUUGUUGCCGAGAUUGUACUGCCUGAAGGACCUGCGCACGACAAGAUCCAGGAAGGGGAUGUUCUGAUUAAGGUCAACGGGGAGUUGUUGACAUCAUUCGUUAAACUUGAUGCCAUCCUCGACUCCAGUGUGGGUGGGAAGGUGGAGCUCCUAUUCCAGCGUGGCGGAGAGGAUCACGAAGUGACACUGGCAGUGGGUGAUCUUCAUGCAAUCACCCCAGAUCGAUUUGUCACUGUGGCUGGUGGGAGUUUUCACAACUUGUCCUAUCAGCAAUCUCGAUUAUACGCCAUCGCCUGUAAAGGGCUGUAUGUGUGCGAAGCUGCCGGGUCGUUCAAGCUGGACAGUGCCCUUUCGGGUUGGAUUAUCGACACAGUGGACCAGAAACCAACUCCGGACCUCGACACCUUCAUCGAAGUUAUGAAAACGAUUCCUGACCGUUCUCGAAUCGUCAUUUCGUACCGACACAUUAGGGAUCUUCACACUCGCGCCACUACGAUCAUACAUAUUGAUCGACACUGGCACCCGAAGAUGAGGUUAUCAGUGCGAAACGAUCAAACAGGACUGUGGGAUUUCAAGGACCUGGGGAAGGCUCUUCCUGCUGUGCCACAAGUGCCAAAGUCGGCAGAUUUCAUCCAGCUGGACGGCGUCAAUCUGCCUGCCGCCGCCGAAAUUAUCCGUUCGUUUGUCAAGAUCACAUGCUACAUGCCCAUUAAGAUUGAUGGAUACCCUCAAGCACGAAGAACAGGUUUCGGAUUGGUGAUCGAUGCCGAGAAAGGCCUGGUGGUGGUGUCCCGAGCCACUGUUCCAUACGACCUGUGUGACAUUACCGUGACGGUCGCUGAUUCGAUACAAAUUGAGGGCAAAGUUGUGUUCCUCCAUCCGUUGACCAACUACACUGUGAUUCAAUAUGAUCCCUCAUUGGUGCAUGCGCCAGUGCAGACUGCGAAGCUAUCUACCGAGAUGAUCAAACAAGGUGCCGACACGAUCUUUGUGGGGUUCAAUCAGAACCACAGGGCCGUGGUCGCAAAAACCACGGUCACGGAUAUUACGGCAGUCGGGAUCCCUGCCAAUGCAGCAGCUCCCAGAUACCGGGCGGUCAACCUCGAUGCCAUCACAAUUGACACAGGUUUAUCUUCUCAGUGUGCGUCCGGAGUGCUGAUGAGCGCAGAUGGCGUGGUGCAAGCUCUGUGGCUAACCUACAUGGGGGAGCGAAGCCAGGGCAGUCACAGGGACACGGAAUAUCAUCUGGGCUUGGCUACAAGUAUGAUCAAGCCGGUGAUUGACCAGAUUCGGUCUGGUAUUAUACCAAAGCUUCGGAUUUUGAAUAUGGAGUCUUACGUGGUACAAAUGUCACAGUGUCGGAUCAUGGGAGUCUCGGAAGACUGGAUCUCGAAAGUGGCCAAGGCCAAUCCGUCGCGACAUCAGUUGUUUAUUGUUCGGAAAGUGGACUGUGGUCCAGCCAACGGACCUAGCGAUGGACAAUUACUACAAGAAGGGGACAUCAUUUUAACCCUGAACGACCAACUUAUUACCCGGGUCAGUGACUUCGAUAUCAUGUAUGACAAGGAAUGGCUCGAUGCGCUUGUCGUUCGGAAAGGCAAAGAGAUUCGACUUCGCGUCCCAACUGUGCCUACGGAAGACUUGGAGACCUCACGAGCAGUGCUCUUCUGUGGAGCGGUUCUGCAGAAACCACACCACGCCGUGAGACAACAGAUCAGCAAGCUGCAUUCGGAAAUCUACGUCAGUGCAAGGAGUCGAGGGUCGCCAGCCUAUCAAUACGGGUUGGCACCUACAAAUUUUGUGACCCACGUCAACGGGGUGAAGACACCAGACUUGGAUGCAUUCGUCAAAGAAGUCAACAAGAUUGAUGACAACACGUACUUCCGCCUAAGGGCAAUGACGUUCGACAAUGUGCCGUGGGUGGUGACAAUGAAAAAGAAUGAUCAUUAUUUCCCCAUGUCAGAGUACGUCAAAGACCCUACCAAAGCUGAUGGGUGGAAAGUGAUCUCCUAUGGCUCACGAGGUCGCAAAACAAGAGGCCAAGACGGAGCGCCCAUGACCUCAGAUUCAAUGAGCGCGGAAGAUGAUGGCUUAAGCGAUGGCGAAGAGGGCCCAGAUAGUGGAUAUUAG